AAUUAAUAUGAUUGAAGAAGUUAGGAAUCGCUGGUAAAUCCGGUCAUUAUUUUUUUCGAUUUCGGUUCCCAUGCUGGCACUUCAAUUAACAUGGCUGCUGAGUUAGACCCACAACCUGCAUCUCUGCUCACAGUGCUGGCAGUUUCGCGGUCACAACCAGCAACCCAAAUCAUCCACUCACAGCCCACACUCACAGCUAGUGUUCGAUCUCCUUCCCCAACGCCAUUGGUACUUACCGAGGACGGCAUCGAAGGACACAAAUCCGCCAUCCACGACGCGCAGGUGUAUGCUUUUUUCGCACAGCACUAUGACUAUUGGACGUCACGUUUGGGGGUUGAGCGCUCUAAAUGGGAUUGGGCCUUUUGGGGAGAGAAUUUGACACUGAGGCUGCCAGAUGGCAUCGAUGAGAGAAACAUCCACCUUGGGGAUCGUUGGAUAUUUUCACACAAAUCCUCGCACGAAGAGAGCCGAGACGUCAAUCUUGUUAAUCGCAAUCAUCCUAGCGAAGAAAGGGAAGCAGCUGGGGGCGUCAUUCUUGAAGUCUGUGGCGGUCGAAAUCCGUGCUCACGGCUCGCAUGGCGAUGCGGACAGCCAGGUAGAUGGUUAGCCGAAGUCGCCAAGUCUGGUUUUUGUGGUGUCUAUCUUCGAGUCAUCCGCGGAGGUUCUAUCGCGCCCGGUGACAUGGCCAGAAUAAUGCCGACCAUGGAUGAGGACAUGGUAUCGGCUGCGAGUAUUGCUCAGUGUGCAUACUCAUCGCUGGCAGAUCCAGCUACUCGCGUCUUGGCAAAGCGUAUCCUGCGGGUAUCUGACCUGCAAAAUAUGAACCGGCAAGUCAUCACGCGGAAGCUGGCUAUGAUUGAAGAAAAUCAGGCGGUGGGACAGAAUCGCUGGAGCGGGUGGCGAUCGCUCGAGGUCAUCAAAGUAAUCGAUGAAUCUCCAUCUAUCAAAUCAUUCUAUCUCGCUGCUGUCGACGACCAACCUCUGGCGUCCUAUGUUCCAGGGCAAUUCCUGACUAUCAAAUUACCCUCUGGCCAAAUCCGCUGCUGGUCCAUAUCUUCCUGGUCACCAGCCACUACCAUCUCCGCUCCGCUGUUUUACCGCAUCACAGUCAAGAAAGGAGCCGCUGCCUCGCUGUUUCUCCAUGCUCAUGUUUCUGUCGGCAGCAGGCUCUUGGUGCGUCCACCAUCUGGAGCAUUUGUUCCCGACUGGACCCGAGAGUUUCCCCCUCGCCAGAUAUAUAUCAGUGCUGGUAUAGGCAUAACUCCAGUUCUUAGUAUGAUCCAGUCGCACUUUGCUCAUCAGACGCUGAAAAGAACGCCCGCUAUCCUGGUCCACGUCGCCCGAAAUGCCCGAGAAGAAAUUCCGCUACUCAAUUCAGAGCUCCCAUCCUCCCCUUUGUUACGGACAAUUAAAUUCUACACUGCACCUGUGGCCGGCGUAGAUGCACACGGCCGAGACUUUGACUUUGCGGGACGGCCUGGGUUCGACUUUUUCGCGACUCUUCUAGAUCAAUCUUAUCAUAUUGAUCCCUUAGGGAUCACUCCCAUUGAACUGCCAGGUAACGCGUCCAAUGCUUACAUCUGCGGCCCAUCCGGUUUCGUGGACACGAUACGAGACCAUCUCGAACGUUGCAAAUUCCCACCUCAAGCUAUACGCCACGAAACGUUCGUGCACAGCUCUUCCUCAUGGGUCACGGCGGAUGGCCCUUUAGCUGCAGAAUGCUACGAAGGCGUGCCAGAGAAAUCCACAGUCCGAUUUCGUGGAAAAGAGGUCAAAUGGAGGAAACAUGAUGGUCUAUCGCUGUUGCAGCUCAUUGAGCAGGAAGGGGGGGCGGAACAACCCGAAUCAGGAUGUCGAAUUGGUGAAUGCGGGACCUGCGAGAUGAAGAUCCUGAAGGGAGAAGCCCGGCUAUUCCAAAAAGCUGGAAAGGAUGCUCAAGAAUCGUCCGGUAAGGCUGGGUCUAUGAUUCGGGCGUGUUGUUCUUAUCCCAUAAGCGGGCUUCUGGAAUUGGAGUUUUGAAAGUCCUCCAUCUAAGCACAAUACCACCUCUUCUAUAAUACAAAAGGC